AAGAGUAAGAUGUAUUCUGAUAUUGUAAUGGACGAAGUGAUGGAUCUUCACAAUGACCAGUCACCCCUCAAUUUGAAGAUGACCAGUCAAAAGAAAUGCAAACCUCGGCCAUACAGUCGCCUGUCGACUAAAGGUUCAUCUUCAGCAUCUGCUGACCUAAACACCUUGAGGAAAGAGAGGGCACGGGUGCUCUUGUCACUGAUACCCUCUGACAAGAGGAAGAAAAUCGGCCUUGAACUGAGACCAACUCAAAUAGCACAAAAAACGAACAAUGAUAAGUGUAGACCAGCAGGUCAGUCACACACAUUCCCUUAUAUAUUUUGGAAUGUUGUUGAAAAUGACACCUAUCGGUCCGUCUGGUGGAGUGCUGAUGGAACUGCUGUGGUUAUCCACGAGAUGAUGUUCAUUGCUGAAAUCCUUCAAAGGGAUGCGAUUGAUCGUAAAUUCGGCACAAAGAGCAUCAAGAACUUCUAUCGCCAACUUAACCUGUAUGGAUUUACCAGGCCUGGAUUUAACCUAGAAAACCAUGGAAAUCCCUGCAUGGACAUCUCUGUCAAAGAGGUCAAGGUGUUUGUCAAUUCUAACUUCCAGAGGAGGUCUGAGCACCUCCUGGCCCAGCUGAAGCGCCGCGUAGGGACUAAUGCUACUCAAACUUCCCCAGUGGCUGAUGCGAAAAGCUAUAAGGCUUCUGGAGAUGGUUGCAAGCUGAGUGAUGAAAUGGUCAGCUCAACCUCCCGCAGACCCGCAAUCUCAUCCCAUGAGAUGACCCUACUUGGCCCCAGCCUGGGCCUGUCUCUCAUGCUGGUCGCUUUGGAGAGCAAGAGAAGGGCCUUGAUUCACUUCCUUCGGAUGCAUAAUGGCAACUCAGCAGCUCCAUCCACUUCCGGCAACAUCAACAGCAUCUGUGGCUGAGCUUCAGUAAACCCAGAGUUAGGCUAAAUGAUAUUCAGCUAAAUUUGAACUAUUUCAUUGCACAAACUCAUUUUGCAAUAAAUUUCA